AUCGGUGAGCGUUUCUGAGCCGCGUGCGCAAACACACGUGAUUUAAAACCCUUUGCUGACGGAUUAUUAUUAUGCAUAAAUUGUGUUUUGACUGUGAUGUUGAAAUGGAGACGUGUUGUGAGUUCAUUGGAAUAUAUCUGACAUUACAUUAUUGAUAUCUAAACAACACUUACAUUAGCGUACAAAGUGUGAGUUUUUUUCCUACUUUUUAAAGUUUCGGUUCUUUCAUCAAGUAUUUGUCUUGUAUCUGAAACAUGGCUUUAAAUGCCAAUGCUGUUAGCCUUCCAGUCGAAGACGUGUCCUUCCCUGAAAUCAUUGAGCUGAACGUGGGGGGUCAGGUGUACAUCACGCGCGUCUCGACUCUGACCAGCGUGCCGGACUCGCUCCUGUGGGAGAUGUUCAGUCAGAAGAGCACCAGCAGCCUGGCACGCGACACCAAAGGUCGUUUCUUCGUGGACCGAGACGGAUUCCUGUUCCGGUAUAUUCUGGACUACAUGCGAGACGGUCAGCUGGUGCUCCCGGAGCACUUCCCCGAGCGAGGCCGUCUGCAGCGAGAGGCCGAGUUCUUCCACCUCCCCGAGCUGGUGAAGCUGCUGGCCCCCAAGCUCACCAAACAGAGCUCUCUAGGGGACGAGGGCUGUCAGAGCGACCCCGAGGACCCCUCGCCCGGGGCCGACGUCGCCCGCAGCCUCGGGGCCGCUCCCUGCUCCAGCGACGGGAAGUGCUCCGGCUUCAUCACCAUCGGCUACCGGGGCUCCUACACGCUCGGCCGGGACAGCCAAACAGACGCCAAGUUCAGACGCGUGGCUCGGAUCAUGGUGUGUGGGAAGACCUCUCUCGCUAAGGAGGUUUUCGGGGAAACGCUGAACGAGAGCCGCGACCCCGAUCGCCCUCCAGAGCGCUACACGGCGCGCUAUUACCUAAAGUUUACUUUCCUGGAGCAGGCUUUCGACCGGUUGGCGGACGCCGGCUUCCACAUGGUGGCCUGUAACUCCACAGGGACCUGCGCCUUCGCUCACGAGCAGACUGACGACAAGAUCUGGGCCAACUACACCGAAUACGUAUUCUACCGUGAGUGAUCUUAACCCCUGCCUCCCGAGCCAGAGAUCAUGUAGACGCUUCUAGAUCACGUCCUUCCCUCAUCAGAGCCCUUCAUGCCUCGCUCCAGACCUUCCCUCCCUUCAGACGAGCCCUGAUCUCCCCCUUCUCUCAGCUCCUGAGUGAUUGUGGACGUGUGUUGUCCAGCUAGAAGCUGGAGACGAACUGCUAAACUAGGCUUGAGCCAUUCGAAAGGGCUUCUCUUCUGUCACUCAGAUUGGACAUAUUAGAAAGAUUGUGAGCUGGGGUGCGUGUCCCAAAACCAUAGAUGCUAACCUGUUGGCAAUGGGAAAUUGUAUUGCAACCAACAAAGUUGCUAACUUAGCUAGCUACUAUGCUUUUGGGAGAUGCACCCCUGGUCGUGUUUAUGGUGUGUAACACUUUGAGGCUUUCAAAGGUUAUAAACUAUACAGAUCACCACACAACAGUCACUGUGAGAGCAGAAGAUGAAAUAAUGCAGAAUAUUUCCACUGGAAAAGCUGUUUUACAUUGAAUCCUUAGCAUUAGACGUCUAAUGAAUAGUGUCAAGGCAGGAUUUGGAUUAAUUAGCCACAGAACGGUGUAAGACUUGAAAGUAUGCUGUUUUAUUAUUAUUAAGCGUUCAGUGUUUUUCCCACGUGUGUGUGUGAGAAUACACAAGUUUUAUUUGCACGUCCACAUGCAUCUCGUUGUUUAUUAUGAAUCCGAUAUUUCAGUUGCUUACCAUUAGUGUAGAUUGUAUUGAUGUUUUUUGAGUUGUUUAAUUUUUUCUCAUUUAAUUAUACAUUUAAAUGAUAUUUAAAGUGAUUAUUUAAAUGCAUUCAGUGAUGUUUAAGCAAGUUAUGGAACACCAUAUGUUUUUGAUUAUUAGUUAUUUUGUGAUUAAGUCGAUAUUUCCUUCUGAAUUAAAUGUAAUGCCUUUGUUUUUUCCACACCGAGUUAGUGAUUUUAGAGCAGGUGUAUCCUACAAACGCAUCUGUAUGAACUGAAACACAGGCAGAAUAGAGUAUCUCCCAAUAGAGUUUAGUUAUGAGAUGUGAUGUGGGAUAAUGCAUAUCAGCCAGUGAUUUAUUUGAUGUCAAUCAGAAAUUAACUUAAUCCCUUAAGAAAUUAAAAAUCUUAAUUUCCCGAUAGUCUUUUAAAGGUUACUUGCGGGCGUUGUUUAACGUGAAAUGCUAGCCUCAAAGUGUCUUUAUGAAAGCAUGAAUAAAAACAUAAUUAUCCAA